AUGAAAUAUAUCUAUCAAGCUGACCAUAAGAAGUAUGGGGAGUAUCUGGGGGAUGGACAAGGUGAUGUGGAUCUGGAUCAUGCAGUGGAAAUAGAUGAUGCAGAGAACUUCCUAGCCUUCAGCCAUGAGGCAUACAAUGAGGAUAUUAUGACAUUUCAGACUAUGAACACCCAGCUUGAUCAACUUGAAGAGGAAAUUGCAAUGCUGGUGACAGAUAUGCAGAGUCAGUUUCUUCCCUCUUCCAUUGCUCCCACCACCAUGGAUUGGCCAAUUUUCAGAGACAAGGGAUACUUGGAAUUGACUGACCAAGGUGAAGGAAGUCAUGAUGGUCUUGACAUCAGCCACCAUGUUCCCCCAGAGCUUGACACUUGA